CACGGCAGUGGCGUUAGAUCAGAAAGACAGGCGACAUGGAUCAUCACCGAGUGGACAGGGUGGGCCUGCUGUCUCCCCUGGAGGAGUCCAGCGCUGAGAUAAGCAGAGACAGUGGCAUUGUUUCCCAAAGUGCGAGCAGUCUGUCCAUGGUGAGCGAAAUCCUCAGCAGCGGCACCGUGUCGCAGAGCCCGAGCUUUGGCGCAGCAGCUAACGUUAUCCCGCGAAGCCCGAGCCUCAACGAAGCAGCGGAGCCCGAGAUUGCCGACCAGCACUACGCGGAGGACGACGACGACGACGAAGUAUUGAGACACACCGCCCUCAACUACUCCUCCUACAUCAGGGCGACAGCUGGAGAAGAGAUCCUGUGUUUGGAGAAGAGCUUGGAAGAAAUGCUGACGAGAGUAGAUGAGUUUGUUGGAAUGCUGGAUAUGAUCCGUAAUGAUACCUCCCAGAUAGUGAAUGAAAAUCUACCUCAAAUCCAGCAGAAGUCUGACGAAAUGAGACAAAUAUACAGAAGAAUUGAUAAGUUAGAGGCCUUUGUAAAGAUGGUGGGAGCCAAUGUCAGCGCAAUGGAGGACCAGGUCACACAGGCAGAGGGAGAAAUCGGAACACUACCAGGUGCUUUGAAGAAGAUCCUCCGCACAAUGACUGUCCCAGGCUUCUUAAAUAAACCGGCCAGCCCAAAAAGACCAGCAGCACAUCAGCAACAAGAGAUCCCCAGCGUGUUCCGGACAGAUGAUUACUUCACAUCACAGCCAGAGCAGUGACACACUAGAACAUUUAACACAUAACUUUGUUCUAACCUCAGAGGCCUGUUGAGUGAAACUGCGGAGACAACUUUUACUGCCAUUCAUUGCAGGAGGAUCUAUUGGAGCAGCGGCCUCAACAAAGCAAUAGUAGCCUUUCUGAACAAGUCACUGGAGGUCAUGUGCGUGAAGACAUUCUGCAUUUUUGAGUGUCAUUCUCCUGGCAGCAACAAGCACUGAACUGUAGCAAAAUGAUUUUAAAAGUGCCUAAAUGGGUCUUAUUUCUGUCAGUCUUGUUUUCACUUUUUGUGAAGAAAACGAUGUCAGAUGUUGGACUUGUGACAGGUCAGGAGGACAAAGUCAUCCCAGAUGCCAAUAGGACACUGUAAAGAAGGUACACUAGGAGGAGCUGUAAAGAUAUAAAGAUGUAUUACAUGAAGAGUUAACCCAGCUUUUUUUAUAAAUUACAUUCCUGUCACUGGUGUUUGUAAAGACCUGCACGCUGUUAUGAAUUUAUCUGUAUUUCUACUGUCCAGUCACUUUCCCCAAGCAAUAUUGUUCUCAUCCAGUUAAGCAUUUAGAGUCUUCCAUUUCAAAACAUUAACUUCAUUGCUGGCCUGGCGUUGCUGGCUAUGUGUGACAGUUACCUCAUCGAUUUGGGGCUACAUCUUUGAUGGCACUUUUUCAAAAAAGCACACCUGUAGAUGAGUUGUGUUGGCUUCUCAAGUCAGACUAUCUGAUUACUCAAAAUUUGGGCCAGCGGUGAGUGAGUUUUACAAUAAUAACUGGAGGAAUCUUGGGGUAGAGAUGUGCUGUGCCCCUUACCCAUCCAACAAGGUUUCAUAUCAACAAUUUUUACAGCUAUGAUGCAUUAUUUGCCAAAAUGGUUAGAAAUAAAGAUGUUUCAUUUAAAGGUUGAUUUUUGUUUACGUUUUUAAAAUAAUCAUUAAAGAUUUAU